AGAAGGGUUGGUGCAUGAAAGGAGAGAGCUCUGAUGUUUGUUGCUGGUGUCAAUUUAGGUGACAGAUGCUGUCCAACAACACUACAACAACGUCUGGAGCAGCUAUACAGUACAGGCAAGUGAAUAAGUUACUGGACUCAAAGGUCAACUGAACACAGCAGCAACAUGAGAGAUUACGAUGGAAUCACAUCUUUCUUGGGAACAUGGGGACCCUUUCAGCGGACAAUCUUCUUGGCAUUGGCCAUCAGCAUUCUGCCCAAUGGGUUUACUGGUAUUUAUAUAGUGUUUGUAGGUGAUACACCGCCACAUGAAUGCUAUGUUCCUGAGGAGUACAAUAUCAGUGAGAUGUGGAGAAAUGUGACCAUCCCAAUGGAGACAAGAUCUGGUUCAUCUCAGCUUAGCUCUUGCUCAAGGCUCAAACUGGAGACAGUUAGAAACUACUCUAGCCUAAAUAUAAUUCCAAAUGUGGAUGUCAACGUGAGUGAUAUUGAGCUGGAAAGUUGCUUGGACGGUUGGAAAUACAGCAAAGAGGUCUACCAGUCAACAUUUGUCACUGAGUGGGAUGUGGUGUGUGACAAUGCAUACAAAGUUCCCUUGACGACUUCAAUUCACUACUUUGGUGCGCUGGUGGGAACGUUCAUCUCUGGCCAGAUGUCUGACAGGUUUGGAAGAAAGCCAGCACUCUUUACUAUGAUGAUAAUCCAGAGUGUGGCCACUUUCGCCCAAAUAUUCUCCCCAAACUGGGAGGCAUUCAGUAUUUUUUUCUUCUUUGCUGGUGCUGGAUCAGUCUCCAACUAUGUCAUAGCGUAUGUUCUUGGGACAGAAAUACUGAGCCCUGGAGCUCGUGUGGUGUUCUCCGCUCUCGGAGUGUUCCUGAGCUCUGCGAUUGGCUACAUGUUCAUGCCGGCUGUGGCAUACUUCAUCCGUGAGUGGAGGUGGUUGCUGGUGCCCAUGGCAGGCUCUGGAAUCAUAUACCUCCCCUUAUGGUGGUUCAUCCCAGAGUCUCCAAGAUGGCUGCUCUCUCAGGGAAGAGUGCAGGAGGCUGAGGCCAUACUGAGAGACGCUGCCAGGAGGAACAGAGUCACAGCACCAGAGGUCAUCUUCACUCCCUCAGAGGUAGAAGAUUCUCUGGCCAUGAAGGACAAGAAACACAACAUUCUGGAUGUCAUGAGGAGCUGCAACAUGCUUUCAAUUAUAAUUCUGUGUUCCCUUCUGUGGAUUAUUAUCACGUGUGGCUACUUCGCCCUGCUUUUGAACACCUCCAACCUCAAUGGAAAUCCCUAUAUCAACUGCUUCCUGUCUGGAGCUGCGGAAGUGCCAGCCUAUUUCAUUGCCCUGCUGCUGCUCAGAUACUGUUCCAGAAGGUUCUGCCAGUCCUCCACUCUCUUCCUAGGGGGAGCUGUUAUUCUCUUCAUUAACAUGGUCCCAACAGAUCUCCCAGGAGUGGCUGUCUUCCUGGAGAUGGUAGGGAAGUUUGGCAUCACGGCAGCGUUCUGUGUAGUGUACGCCGUCACGUCGGAGCUCUUCCCCACCGUGGUGAGGAACAUGGCCAUGGGGACGUGCUCCAUGGCAGCACGCAUCGGAACCAUCAUCUCACCCUUCAUCAUCUACCUUGGAAAUUACAACAAAUACCUACCAUACAUAUUGAUUGGUAGCCUUGCAAUACUUGGGGGUCUGUUCUGCUUCAUUUUACCUGAGAGUUAUGGCAAGGUUUUGCCAGAGACCAUCUCACAGAUGCAGCAUAUCAAAGGGUGUCGAUGCAACACAGACCAAGACACCGAAAACGUAGUUAGCAAAUCAGAGUUUCGGAAGGAAUCUAAAUUGUAAAUCUUGUACUUUUUUCUACUAAGCUAACAUAUGGAAUUGUUUAAGAUGAUCAUACCAUGGAUCAUUUAGCUAUUUGAUUUUGAAU